AUGACCCCAGAUAUGAAAGGCGACGCGAGACUUCCUUCGCCCGCAGAGUCCGUCCUGCCCGACCUGCCCCCAAUUCACCCCUCCUUCAUCCAGCUAGCAAAACCAUACAUCUUCGAACAGACCAUCCAGCGAUGUAUUGCCGCCAUGGGGGUGAAUCCCCUGCGCGAGGAGGCGUUGCGCCUUCAGGGUGUCACUUGGAUUGACAACGUUCGUCGGGUGCUCUAUCUUCCCAUCCGGACGUUUGACACCGCCGUGGUGUACUAUCAUAAGUUUCGCCUCGUUCACCCAGAUAACGAGUAUAGCUACACGGACGCUGCUGCUGCCGCCCUAUUCACCGCGUGCAAAAUCGAGGACACUUUAAAAAAGUCCCGCGAUAUUGUCUGCGCCGCGUACAAUCUUAAAGUGCCUCCUUCCGAGCACUUGUCUGCAGACAACCCGAUAUUCGAAAUGCCCUCCCGAGGCAUCAUCGGCCUGGAAAGACUCAUGCUCGAAGCCUCCGGGUUCGACUUCCGCACGCGUCAUCCCCAAAAGACGCUGAUCAAACUGGCCCGCAAGUACGGCCUCACCGCGCAGUCCGCUGUCUCCAGCACUGCCUACCGCAUCUCCCAGGACCUGUACCGCACGUUUGCGCCGAUCAAGCAGACAUCGUCGACGAUGGCGUUUGCCUGUCUCGAACUAGCCGGGCGCUUGCUGGACGAGCGCAUCGACGCUGUAGAGCAGGGGCGAGACUACCAUGCGUGGCGGACGAGUCGUGAAGAAGUCAUGGAAACCCUAUUCGACCUCCUCGAACUCUACACCCACAACCGCGCCUCAACAACACUCGGCCCCCACUUCCCCGCCGACCGCUUCCUCACCGUCCGCAUCCCCCUCAACAAAGAAGCCGAAUCCCAACGACUCCCACGCUACACGCACUGGGUCGACGACGCUCACUCCCGAGAGCAACAGCAGCAGCAACAAGAGCCCAACGGCAGCACCGUCCAAAACGGAGGCCUUACACGACCCCUGCACCCACUGACGCCCGUAACCGCCAACGGGGAGCGACCCCGGGCGAACGAGAAGGGUCGUGACGGUGCGGUGCGGUUCAUGUUGGAUCCGGAGUGUGCGGGGGCGGAGAGGGCGCGCGUUGCGGAGUUUUUCAAGGUUGAGAUGGAGGAGUAUAGAGUUGAUGAUUGA